AUGGUACCCCCACCUCCUACCAACAAGCCACACGUGUGCCUGUCCACCAUCCUUAUCAUGAGCAGCAUGGCGCUAAUCGAUGCCUACCUGGUGGAGCAGAACCACGGCCCGCGAAAGAUUGGCAUCUGCAUCAUGGUGAUGGUGGGAGACAUCUGCUUUCUGAUUGUCCUGCGCUACGUGGCCGUGUGGGUGGGGGCUGAGGUGCGCACGGCCAAGCGAGGGUACGCCAUGAUCCUUUGGUUUCUCUACAUCUUUGUGCUGGAGAUCAAGGUGUACUUUGUGUAUCAGAACUAUAAGGCUGACAGGAAGAGCCUUGACGCUCUUGCCAGGAAGGCACUAACACUGCUGCUCUCCAUCUGCAUUCCAGUGCUCUUUGUGGUGCUGGUGGCGAUUGACCACAUGGAGUAUGUGCGUGCCUUCAAGAAGCGAGAGGAGAUCCGCAAUCGGCUCUUCUGGGUAGUGGUGGACUUGCUUGACAUUCUGGACAUUCAAGCCAAUCUGUGGGAGCCCCAGAAGAAGGGCCUCCCUCUGUGGGCAGAAGGCUUAAUGUUUUUUUACUGCUACAUACUCCUCCUCGUGCUACCCUGUGUGUCUUUGAGUGAGAUCAGCAUGCAAGGUAUCAACAUUGUGCCCCAUAAAAUGCUUUUGUACCCAAUCCUCAGCCUGGUGACUAUCAACAUCAUCACACUCUUUAUCCGUGGUGGCAACAUGAUUUUGUACAGGGACGCGAGGGUGUCGGGAAUACUAAUAGGAAAGAACAUACUGGCCAUCAUUAUAAAGACCUGCAGUUUUGUUCAGUACAGGAGACAGUUACAGAGUGCCCCUCCUGCUUUUGGGGUUGAGCUGCAGAAAAACUCAUUGGCCCAUGCCCGCCCUGCCCCCACCCCUACCCAGGCAGUUAUCCAGGAGCAGACACCCCUGCCCGAGGUGACAACAUGCGAGCACACGUGA